AUGAGCACAUUCGAGUACGUCGGCGGAGCAUACCGCGUGCUGUUUGGUAGAGGAACAAUCCAACAGCUCCCCUCGGCGCUCGAAAAGCUGAAUGCCAAAGCCGUCAUGAUUCUUUCCACUCCGCAGCAAGUGGAUGAAGCAGGGCGGAUCAAAAGUCUCAUCGGGCAAUCCGCAGUGGCCGUUUUCAGCGAGGCAACGAUGCACACGCCGAUCUCCGUGACCGAAAAGGCCGUCCGGGUAGCAAAGGAGAAGAUGGUAGAUAGCAUCGUAUCCAUCGGCGGAGGCAGCACUAUCGGCCUGGGCAAAGCCAUCAGUGUACGGACCGGCCUGCCGCAUCUCUGUGUCCCGACCACCUAUGCCGGCAGUGAAAUGACUCCGAUCCUCGGGGAGACGGACCAGGGGCGCAAGGUUACAAGGCGUGACGCUCGCAUCCUUCCCGAGAGUGUUGUCUACGACAUUGACCUAACGCGUUCGCUCCCGGUUCGACUUUCUGUCUACAGUGGCAUCAAUGCAAUCGCCCACGCAGUCGAGGCCCUCUACGCAAGCAACAUAAACCCAAUUAUUGACCUGAUGGCGGUCGAAGGAAUCCGCAACCUCGCCAAGGCGCUGCCCGUGUUGCGGGAGGAUGACCAAAACGACGAUGCACGAUAUGAGGCUCUUUACGGGGCGUGGUUGUGUGGAAUUUGCCUAGGAAGCGUCAACAUGGGACUGCACCACAAGCUAUGCCACACUUUGGGCGGCACUUUCAAUCUCCCACAUGCCGAAACGCACGUUACAGUCCUUCCGCAUGCCCUGGCGUUCAACGCUCCGGCCGUCCCGGGGCCAAUGGCAAAGAUCGCGUCGGCACUGCCGGACUCUGGAGGGGAUGCCGUCAGGGGAAUGACCAGCCUCUAUCGGCGACUCAAGAUUGACUCGAGCCUAAGGGGCUACGGUAUGCCGGAGAGAGGGAUCGACAAGGCCGCUGACCUUGUAAUGUCGAACCCGUACAAGAACCCGCGGCCACUUGAACGAAGGGCUAUCCGCGAGUUGAUCCGACGUGCAUGGGCGGGUGAGGAUGCCGAAUAUUUUUUAUGA